GAUACCACCUGUUUGGAUGUUGGUGAUUGAGAAUGAAUUCCAUCCACCGAGCCACCUUUCUCCGCAGUUGCCUUCGACUCCACAAAACAAUUCUCGUCGCGGCUGCGCUGUUGAUAGGAUCUCGCAACUACCUUGACCACGAUUUGCCAUUAUAUCUUCUCAAGUCUAUCAGCUGGGAAAGCAAAAGCCCAGACUCAAGCCGCCGGGUGCAGGAAAUCGAAGUCUGCGCGUGUUCGUCUAGGAUGUAUACGCCAUCAUGACAAUAACCUCCAUCUCUCGCAUCACGACCGAACGUCGACUCCCUACUCCCCCCCAAGAUGGCCAGCCAGAUUCGCAGCCUCAAGUAUAUCCUGCUCCUGACUUCCCUUUCAGAGGAUGGCAGCCUCCUCAGCCAGAGGGUUACCGGCAAAGCGCAGCGAACCCAUCAGAGAAUGCCAUCGUCAUUGACAAUGGCGCCAGCACUAUCAAAGCUGGGUUUUCCUUCGACAAAAACCCUCGACUCCUCGUACCCCCACUCGUUGCAAAAUACAAGGACAGAAAAUACAACAAGUAUUGCAUGUUCGUAGGCCAUGACGCUUACGCAGAUGCCACCACUCGUGGACAGAUCAGAACAGCCUUCGAACAAAACACGAGUAUUCCGACGAAUUGGGACAUAAUGGAAAACAUAUACGAUUACAUCUUUCUCAAGCUCGGAGUGGACAAUGAAGGAAGCGUGGGGAGACCACUUGUUGUGACGGAGCCAGUGGCGAACCUGGGUCACAGCAGAAGGAUGAUGAACGAGAUGCUGUUCGAAUGCUAUGGAGUUCCCAGUGUCACAUAUGGAAUCGACAGCUUGUUUUCAUACCGUCACAAUAAGGGUACUUCUGGUCUGGUUGUGUCCUCGUCUCAUACCUCGACACACAUCAUUCCUGUCCUAGACCGGAAACCUCAGAUGCAGUCUUGCGCCAGGCUGAAUUGGGGAGGGUCACAGGCGCAGGAGUUCCUCUUCAAGCUCAUCCGUCUGAAAUAUCCGAAUUUUACGGGGAAAAUGACGACCGAGCAAAUGGAGACAUAUAUCAAGCAGUAUUGCUAUCUCUCCAACGACUACUCUGCCGAACUUUCUACUUAUCUUGAUUGGUCUGGACUGGAGGAGGAACGAGAUAUCAUCAUCCAAUAUCCUUUUACCGAGCAGGUUGUAAUCGAGAAAUCGGCUGAAGAGCUGGCCAGAAUCGCAGAACGAAAGAAGGAAUCCGGCCGCCGCCUGCAAGAGCAAGCUGCAAAGAUGCGCUUGGAAAAGCUCGUUAGGAAAGAGCAAGAGCUAGAGUAUUACCAGCAGCUGCACCAGUCUUACAUCAAUGCACCCACCAAGAAGGAGCAGCGAAGAAUACUCGACAGUGAGGAGCUCAAGGACGAAGCAGCCUUGGAGAGGAUUGUUCGCGACCUGGACAGAUCCAUCAAAAAGUCGAGAAAUAAAGAUCUUGGAGCCCCAGAAGAAGAAGAAAAGCUCGAAGAACAGCUGAACAAAUUCCCGCUCCUAGAAGUGCCAGACGAUCAAUUAGACGAGGAUAGUCUCAAGGAGAAAAGACAUCAAAGAUUGAUGAAGUCAGGUGUCGAAGCCAGGAUACGAGCUAAAGCGGAAAAAGAGCGCGAACGAGCCCGAGUAGCAGAAGAGGAACGACGAGAUGUUGAGAUGCGUGAGAACCAGUUCGACGAGUGGCUUUCGGGCCGUCGUGAACAGCGGGACACCCUUCUGUCAAGGAUCAAAGAGCAGGCACGCCUCAAAGCAGACUCUGGUAACCGAAAGGGCAUUGCUUCUCAGAUGCGGAUGAAGACUCUGGCAAAUCUUGCGUCGGAUGGUCCAAAACGGAAGCGCAGAGGUGGAGGUGAGUACGAUGACGAUUUUGGUGCCAACGACGAAGAUUGGGGAGUGUAUCGAGCCGUGGCCACCGAGCCUGCCAGCGACGACGAAGAGCCAGAGGAAGACCCUAUGGUAGCUCUAAGGGCAGUGGAGAGCGAAUUGCUGCAGUUUGACCCCGACUUCUCCGAGAAAGAUACGCUUGAAGCACAGAACGAUUGGACAAAGAGCACUCUGCACGCCUUCCUUCGAGGCGCAAGACCUGCUGACCCCGAGAGUCAGCGGGAGGCUAAUCAAAUCCAUCUCAAUGUUGAAAGAAUCCGCGUACCCGAGGUGGUUUUCCAACCAGGAAUAGCCGGAGUUGAUCAGGCUGGUCUGGUUGAAAUCAUUGAAGGCAUCGUAACAGGUCGCUUCUCAGACGUGGCGCAACAGGCGCUUCUGAAAGACGUAUUCCUAACAGGCGGGAAUACUAUGUUUACCAAUUUUGAGGAGCGGCUCAAACGCGAGCUUGUCGCCAGCGUACCAGACAACCUGAUGGUCAAUGUGCGGAAAGCGAGAGAUCCUGUCCUCGACGCAUGGAGAGGAGCAGCCAGUUGGUGGAGCUCGGGAGGAAGGUCGGAGAGAGAGGCUGCCACCGUCACUCGGGCGGAGUACAUGGAGAAAGGAAGUGAUUACAUCAAGGAGCAUGAUCUCGGUAAUGUCGUCUCGCCAAGCUAUAGCUUUGGUUGAAGUGAACCUUCGGGUUGUUGAUCUUGACAAAUGCAGAGACCCUGCCCACGCAACACAGCUCGCCAGCUCGGCCUUUUUUCUUGAUCGGAUGGCUCAAAUUUCUGGCAAGCUCAAGCGCCCACAAUCAUUAACGCCAAGGGUCCAUAAACAUUAACAGCAGAAGUCGAGGAGACGAAAGUGCCUCGUCCGAGAAAUCGCACGAAACAAGGUCAGCCAAGCCAUUCAACGGCUUCUCAGAUCGGCAUGCGGGCCCUGUCAAUGUUACAAUGCUUCGAGCAAGCUAAUGGUCAAUUGGAGGGGACCACACAAUACUGAGAAUCUGCCUAUCCCUCUUCAGAAAAUUCACCGUUGGCGGUGACUUGGGUUCCUUGUGAAAUUGGUAGCUGACUUGCGUAUCUGGGAUAUCCGUGGCCGUUCUCCGCCUUGGCUUUGAUGCUUCGGACGAGCUUUUCGAUGAUGACACCUGGAAUACGAGACUUGAAGAUGUCCAUCUUUACGUCAUUGCUUCUGGGAUUGUUCAAGGACAUGGGCGGUAAACGACGUUGUCUCGAUGGGCUUAUCGUUGCUGUCAGAUCUGAGACAGGGAGGAAUGGUCGUAUUGGUAGCCCUUGGAGGAAGGGUUGAAGGAGGUCAAGCGUCUCUCAAACAAGCAACGAAAUUUGCGGUCUGCGAACUGCAAUCCUUCUGACUAAGAUCUUAUUUCACAAAUAGCUUGAAAUAAGUGAGCUUGAUUCGGCCCCCGACAAGACCUGGCAUAGACCCUCUACGAAAGAGAAGGUCUGUCUUCUGCCCAAGCGAUCUUACGGCCGAAAAGAACACAUGGAAGUAAUACGUAAGAAGCAGAUUUGAUCAACGUACGCAUCCAAGAGAAGCUUGAGC